CCCAGCUCGACGCGGCUGCCUCCGCUGUUCGCCGCCGCCCUCCGCGCAUGUGGCUCACUGCCAUCCUCAUCCUCCAAUCGCUCACCAUCGCCCUCGCCCUCGCCGAAUCGCUCGCCCCCGUGUGGGGCUCCGUCUCCCAGGACGGGCUCGGCGCGGUCGCCGCCCAGCUCACGGGCGAGAACCUGCGCUUUGCGGCCAUGUACUGCGUGGGGCUGCUCAACGGCUUGGUGCUCGCUGCGCUGCUCGGCCAGAGACGAGCGCGCCAGCCCGCGCCCGUGAUCUCCGACGUCGUUGUGACGGCCUCGCCGCAGCGCAAGCCGCCGCCGGCCGCCCAGCAGCGCCCGCCGCUUCCAGACGUGCCAGCGUCGCUGCCGCCGCCGCCGCCGCCGCCGAGCACGCCGCGGCACAGCCCGUCCGAGGCCGAUAUCAUCAUGACACUCGACGAGUACGAGCACCUGGCGCGGGAGGAGAAGCAGGGCAAGCCGAGCCGCUCGGCCUCAAGGGCGGUCAAGGGGAGCAGUUCUCGCCGGCAGAGCCUCCGCACGCCCAAGAAGGCGAGCGGCCGCCGCCCUGCUCUUGCUCCGCGUGCGCGUUUUGCGUCGCGGACACGCGUGGAGAAGUUCUCGCCGAAGUAGGGGAAGAGGGGAGCGGCUCCUCACGCUGCCGCGUGAUCGAGGGGGACGCCCGGGCACGUGGCGGGCGGGAGCCCUUUGCACGGCGCGAGCCGUCAGCCGACGUGGCUAAUCUGCGGUGAAAGUCUGGCCUCCCAUCGGGCAUAAGGAGGCCCCCGCUGGUUGUUAUCCUUGGCCGUCCGCGUGCGCGGCGGCAUGACAGGCAUGGCAUGUGGCGCCCCCGGGAGUGGAUCCCUGGCGUCGGUUCAAAAAGGAAAGAAAACCC